AUGAAAAUUGUAAUAUUCAUAUUAUUUGUAUUUCACUCUACAAUUUUCGAAACAUUGACUAACAAUAUAUAUUCUAAUUUUUCUUAUUCUAUUUGUCAUAAAAAUGAUGUAUAUUUAGGUGAUAAUUUUUAUUUUCUUAAGAAAAAGAAAUUUGUUUUAUACGAUGUAAAUAUAGGUGAAGGCUUUAAUUUACAAAAAGAAAUUUUAUAUAGAGUAUCAUUAAUAAUAUAUUACUUAAAUAAAAAAGACAAAAAUAAUAUAUAUUAUUUAGUUUUGCCACCUUGGUGUUAUUUAACUCAUUGGAAUAAUAAGUCGCAUAAAAAAAUAAAGUGGGAUUUCUUUUUUAAUACUAAAAUUAUUCAAAAUGUAAUACCCGUAAUAGAAUUUUCAGAUUAUAGCAAAUUAAAUGGUGAUAAUACUGAUUUUAUUAUUUCAUUUAAGUUUAGGUUCAAUAAUGUUUUACCAAACAAGGGAAGCUUUGAUAUUUUAAAUUUUGACAAAUGCCAUAUUAAUGGUUUUAAUUUUAAAAAAAAUUGCAAAACAUGUGAAAAUAAAUAUUCAGUUACUUAUUCAGGAAACUGUACAAAUAUUAAAGCUAAAAAUAGUGAAUGUUAUGAACAUAAUUUGAUUACUAGUUCGUUUGCUAGUGAUAUUAUAUAUAACUUGUUCUUUUAUGAUAUAAAUUCUGUUUUAAUAAAACAAGGAUCAAACAUACUUGUUCCUUUUGUUAACGACUUGUUUGAAAAUAAUCUUGAAGAUAUUUUGUUAUUCAGUGAAGAUUUGAUACAUGAAGGAAAUAACUAUAUAAAAGAAAUAUUAAAAACUAGUAAUUAUUUAAGUGCUCAUUUAAGAUAUACCGAUUUUAGAAAUAUUUCUAAUUAUGAUAUUCCACCAAUUAAUAUUUCUAUUUUUAAACUCUUAUAUAUUAUGUUUAUAAAUGAGAAUGACAAAAUUUUUAUUACUACUGACGAAAAAAAAGAAGUUCAAAAAAUAAUUAAUACAGAAUUUGUUGAAUUUAAGAAUUAUUUUUAUUUUUAUGAAAAUAAAAAUUAUCACGAAGGAAAAGUUGCUAUAAUUGAUCAGUGGAUUUGUAUUAAUUCAAAAGUUUUUGUUGGAAAUAUUUUUUCAAGAUAUAGCCUACAUAUAAAAUGGGAGAGAUAUUUAAUAAAUAAUAUAUACGAUGAAAAUAACUUAGAUUUGUGUGGAUAUGAUAUUAACAAUAAUAAACAAUUAAGAAAAAAUUAUAAAAAAAUUAAAGAUAUAUAUAAUAAAAAAGCUUUAAUGAAGUUGAAACAUAUAUAUAAUAAUUUUUCAGAAAAAGAUAAGAAAUAUAUAAACAUUUUAUGUUUUGAUUCUUCUACGCAUUUUCCUAAAAAUAUAAGUAUAUAUAGACUAAAAUAUAUUAACAAUUUAUAG